AUGGAUGGCCGCGACUUCGCACCGCCGCCGCAUCUGCUGUCGGACCGCGGGAGCCUGGGCCACCGCAGUGCCGCCGCUGCCGCGCGCCUCGCCCCGGCCGGGCCCGCUGCGCAGCCCCCGGCGCACUUCCAGCCCGGAAAGUACUUCCCGUCGCCGCUGCCCAUGGCUUCGCACACAGCCAGCAGCCGCCUGAUGGGGAACUCUCCGGCCUCCUCUUUCAUGGGCAGUUUCCUCACCAGCAGUCUGGGCUCAGCGGCCUCCGCGCAUCCCAGUGGCCCCAACCCCUCCCCCUCGGAUCAGGCCUACCGUGGCUCCCACCCCACCACCUCCCAGAUCUGGUUCUCCCACUCCCACGAAGCUCCAGGGUACCCCAGAUUUUCAGGGAGUCUGGCAUCUACCUUCCUACCCAUGAGCCACUUGGAUCACCAUGGAAACAGCAAUGUUCUCUAUGGGCAACAUCGUUUCUAUGGAACCCAAAAAGAUAACUUCUACCUGCGCAACCUGCCGCCCCAGCCCACGCUCCUGCCCGCCAACCACAGCUUCCCCAGUGUGGCCCGGGCCGCCCCCGGCCACCCCAUCGGCUCCUGCAGCCGCGACCGGGGCGAGGCCGGUCACCUGCAGAAGGGCGCCAAGGAGUUCGACCGCUUCCUCAUGGGCAAAGAGAAAGCCGGCAAGGUGGCCGAGGGCAAGGAGCGGCCGGCGGUGGAGGAGGACGUCGUCAGGGGGCGGCACAAGCUGGUGCUGCCCGUACCGGGCGACUCGCACUGCAAGGAGGGUGGCGUGGCCCGGGGUGCCUGCGAGGGCCGCCCCAAACACCUGGCCUCCUGCCUUCUCAACACCAAGGUGCUCGACGGUGAGCUGGGCAGGUCUGCGCUGGCCAGCUGCGCGGGGGGUGUGCUGGGGCGGCCGGGUAUGGGCGUGCCGGCCUCUGGACGCUGCACCAAGGAGGCAGCCGGCCCCGUGGAGCCUGGGCCAGCCUUCGGCGAGUGCCUGGAGCGGAGGCAGAUGCUGCACCACGCCGUGCCCUACACGGUGCCGUCUGGCCUGCCCGCCGGGCCGCCCCCACCCCUCAGCACGGCCACCGGCUCCUUCCCCUGCCUGCAGCUGCAUGGGGGCCCGGAUGGGCUCUGCCCCCUGCAGGACAAAGUCCCCCGGGACCCAAAGGCCAGCGGGCCCACCUUCGUGCCUUCCAUGGGACACCUGGCCGACAAGAGCCGCCCGUUCCAGGUGGCCGAGGCCUGUGCCAUGGCGGGUGAGGGCAAGGACCGGCACCUGGAUGGGGCUGCAGCGCCUGACCAUGCUGCGCUUUAUGGGGUCUCCUAUGCCCACCUGAAGGCCGAGGGCAAGGGUGACCGGCGGCCCGGGAGCUUCGAGGCGGCCCUCAACCCCCGGCUGAAGGGCCUGGAGUACCUGGACAGCGCAGGCCCCGAGGCCCCCUUCCCGGGGCUCCCCAAAGCAGGUCUGGACAAAAGCGGCUACUUUGAGUUACCCGCCCCCUCACAGGACUGUGCCCGGCCAAGUCACCAGGACCCGUUGGGCGGGAAAGUCACCCAGGCCUGCUGCACUUUAGACAAGACUGCCAGCAAGGAGACCCCUGUGGGUGCCCCCGGGGCCCAGAAGGUGGCUCGCAUCCGGCAUCAGCAGCAGUCGGUGGCCCCCGAGGUAGAGCCGGGGGGCAGCGGGGCCGAGGCCAAGCGCAAGUCUCUGGAGCUGGCGUCUCUGGGCUACAGCGGGCCGCCCCCGCCCCCGUGGAGUGUCCAGUCGGGCCAGGGGGCCACCGUGGCCAUUAGUGAGGAGUGCAAGGCUGGCGCCUACCUGGACCCCUUUGGCGGCACCCUGCAGCAGGCCGCCCUCCUGCCUCAGGACCUGCCCGCCCCGCCUGACGAGGUCUCGGCCAUGAAGAACCUGCUCAAGUACAGCAGCCAAGCACUGGUCGUUGGCCAGAAGGUGCCCUUCGUGGGCCUGGGGGGCCUGAAGGCCAGCUGUGCCCAGCAGGACGGGAAGUUCCCAGCCUCCAAGGGCACGGGCCAGGCCCCCGGCGACAUGGAAAGGCCGGACUGUGCCCGAAGCCGAGAGCACGUCGCUCCGCAUGGCGAUGGGGAGGUGCGGCAGCCACCUGUGGGCAUUGCGGUGGCCUUGGCCCGGCAGAAGGACACGGUGAGCCGGGCGGAGUCAGCCUACAGUGCCAACACAGGGCGGCAGGGCCGGGCAGCCCCCGCCUUCAAAGCUGGCAGUGGGCCCCGCUCCGCCCACGCUCUGGACCUGGAGGCUGAGGAGGAAAGGGUGCGUCUGUGUGAGGACCGCCUGGGGCUCGCCAGCCGGGAGCUGCUGCUGCAGGACAACAAGGACCUCGUGGAGUUUGCCCGGAUCCACCCGUCAAGCGGCUGCCCUGGAGACCUGGCCCCCCAUCUCAUGAUCGCCGGGGGCUCCUCCCUGCAGAGCAGCCAGCUGGGCGGGGACCCGGCCCCCCAUCCCCACCCUGCCCACCCCCCCUGGCUGCCCCGCACCCGCAGCCCCUCCCUGUGGAUGGGGGGACAUUCCUACGGCCUCGGGCACCCUGCCCUGCACCAGAACCUGCCCCCCGGCUUCCCUGCGUCUGUGCCUGGCUCCAUGCCCCCCGUCUUCCCCCUCCCCCAGGACGCCCCCACACAGCUCGUCAUCCUGCCUUCUGAGCCCACGCCCCACGCCGCCCCCCACGCGCUUGCUGAUGUCAUGGACCAGGCUUCACUGUGGCCCCCCAUGUACGGGGGCCGGGGCCCUGCCUCCCACAUGCAGCACCCAGGCCAGCUCCCUGUCUACUCGCGGUCCCAGUUCCUACGGCAGCAGGAGCUCUACGCCCUGCAGCAGCAGCAGCGGGCCGCUCAGGCUCUGGAGCAGCAGCGGGCCACCCAAUUCCAGCAGAAGCCUGAGGACCGCCACCUGGAGCUGGAGGAGCCCGCCCAGGAGAAGGCCUUGAAGUCCACCCACAAGCCAGUUGCCUUAACCCCCACGGCCAAGGGCACCCCCUCACCCGCCACCGCAGGCCCUGCCAAGCUGUCACCCUGCUGCCACUCUCCCGCCCCGAAGCCCCCCGCCGCCAGCUGCCCUACACCACCACCGCAUCCUGGCGCCCCGUGCACUUUAUCCGUCUGCCCCACCGGCAGCCCCGGGCCAGGCUCCAAGCUGCCCAGCGCCGAGGAGGAGAGGGGGGAGGGCCAGCGGCGCGGAGCCGACCUCAACACGCUGGAACCAGACCUGCCUCCCGGAUACACGUGCCCUGCGGCCGGCUCGGGCUUCUCCCUGCCCCGCACUGUGCACUCAUCUGACCUCUCGGACCCCGAAACUAUGCAAAGAGCCCCGCCGGGGGCCCAGCCUGAGCUGGCCAGGACGUUCCCACCCGGGGACCUGGGCCCACACAGCCCCCAGAACCUGGAGGAGCCUGAGCUGCCCUCAAGGGCCAGGGAGGCCACCCAGGACCUUGCCGCACACCCCCACCCUGCCGAGCGGGGACCCCCGGGGAAGGCAGCGGACCCCAGCCCACUGGAGGGGCUGCGAGAACUGCGGUGUGGGGCCCUCCUCGAGGGAGGGGGCCCUGAGGCCACUGGCCAGGCUGAUUCUACUCAGGGAGGGGCCCAAGAGGAGAGGACCACAGAGGAGGGACGGGAGGAGGGAGAGCAGGGGCCCUCGUUGGGGGCCAGCCCCCAGGCCGUGGAGCAGCCAGCAAGGAGCCUGGGUGCCCCGGAUCAGGCCAAGCCGGGCGAGCAGCAGGCCCCUGCAGAAGCAGAGGCGGAGGAGGCGGCCAAGUUCAAGGAGGCCAAGCUGGAGGAGGAGGAGGAGGAGGACUGGGGGCUGACUCCCGACAACAGCCAGCCGCCCAGGGAGCUGCCGGGUCUGGACGCCCUGGUGGCAGCCACCAUCAACCUGGGGGAUCUGCCUGCUGUCAGCCCACUGGACCCUCAGCCCCCCACUGUCCCUGGGCCACCCAGCACAGCUCCCCUGCCCCGUAGCUCAGGGAUUCAUGGCAUUGCCCUGCUCAGCGAGCUGGCCGACCUGGAAAUCCAGCAGCAGAGGACUGAGCCAGACCUGCAAGAGGAGGAGGAUGUGCUAGCCUUCAACCUGCAGCGCCUGGCCACGCUGGCCUCAGCCUGGUCCCUGGUAGAGGCUGCUGGCCUGGACAGCCCCGCCUCCGUGGCCCAGCCCUCCACUGCCGACUCCUGCAGGGCUCCCACGCUCACCCCCCGUAUGCAGAUCCUGCAGCGCAAGGACACCUGGACCCCCAAGACCAAGCCUGUAUGCCCACUGAAGGCUGCCAUCGACCGGCUGGACACACAGGAGGUAGAGAUGCGCGUGCAGCUGGCGGAGCUGCAGAGACGCUACAAGGAGAAGCAGCGGGAGCUGGCCCGGCUGCAGCGCAGGCAUGACCAUGAAAGAGACGAGAGCUCGCGGAGCCCUGCCAGGCGAGGGCCCGGCCGGCCACGGAAGCGCAAAUACUCCAGCUUGCUGCCUGCCCUGCGACCCAGCGAAGGCAAGAAAGUCAAGGCAGUGCGGUCCAGCCUGAGCCUGCUGUGCACCGAGCUGCGGGGCGGCGAUGAUGAGCCCUCGAAGAAGCGAGGCCGGCUGGAGAAGGGCGCCUACGUGGGCCUGCAACCCGCAUCUGCGGAGAAGGUUCGGUGCAAGAAGAGCAGCGGUCAGGGCGACCUGGCAUCUGCAGUGGCCCACAAGGUGGCCCAGCUGAAGCCGAAGGUCAAGAGCAAGGGGCUGCCCACCAGCCUCAGCCCCUUCCGGCGGAAGGAGGCCACCCCAGGGGGCCGCAUCCGGAAGAAGCUGUCGCGAGCCAAGAGCGCCAAGGUGUCUGGGGCCGCCCGGCACCCACAGCCAGAUGGUGGCGUUGCUGGCAGGGAGACACCUAAGUUCCCAGCCCAGCCGGCAGCGGCCGCAACACAUGAGGCAGGCAACGGCUCGGACAGUGAAGACUGCGAGGGUCUGUUGGAAACAGAGGCACCUCCCAAGGAGCCCGGGCUGGCACUGCGCGCUGGGGCCCGCGCAGCCGUGCUGCGGCCCUCGCCCUCCUCCGUGGUCAAGAUGGAGGCCAACCAGAAGGCCAGGAAGAAGAGGGAGAGGCAGGGCUGGCCAGGGGCCAGCCGCCUGUCAAGCCCCGAGAGAGAGGUCAAGGUCAAGAGGAGGACGGUGAAGGCCAAGGUGGGCAGCAAGCUGGAGCAGGCCCCGGGGCGCGGGCCCCCAGGUGGGCCCGGCAAGAAGAAAGCCAAGGGCAAGGCCAAGGGCAGCCUGCGGGCAGAGCCGGGGGCCACACCCGGCAGGGAAGCCCUCUGCAGCCCCACCCGGGCCUUCACCUGCCCCGAGGAGGGCAGCAGGCUGGCCAGUGAGCGCCUCAAGAGAGCCACACGCAAGAGCACGGUGCUGCAGCCAGGGCUGCGGCGGAAGAACGGGGCCCUGUCCAUCGCCCUGUCGCCCCGCAACGCCAAGGCCAUCCUGGGGAGGGGCAGGAAAUCGGGCAAGGUGAAAACCAAGGCUGCCGGCAAACAGGGCAAGGGCCGGGCGGUGAGCCGGCUGCUGGAGAGCUUCGCAGUGGAGGACGACUUUGAGUUUGAAGACAGCAGCAGCCUCUCAGAGGAGGAGGAGGCCAGUGGCCCCCUGAGCGCCGAGCAGAGCGCCGCCUUGGCACGCUCAUGCACCAUCCACAAGGAGGACCUACAGGACGGGCUGCCCGUGCUCAUCCCCAAAGAGGACAGUCUGCUAUACGCGGGCAGCGUCAGGACCCUGCAGCCCCCCGACAUCUACAGCAUCGUCAUCGAGGGUGAGAGAGGCAACCGGCAGAGGAUCUACUCACUGGAGCAGCUGCUGCAGGAGGCGGUUCUCGAUGUCCGGCCACAGUCCAGCAGGUACCUCCCACCCGGCACGAGGGUCUGUGCCUACUGGAGCCAGAAGUCCCGCUGCCUGUACCCAGGCAGCGUAGUGCGAGGCGCCUCCAGUGAUGAGGAAGACGACCUGGACUCCGUGGUGGUGGAGUUUGACGAUGGGGACACUGGCCACAUCGCUGUCUCCAACAUCAGGCUGCUGCCUCCGGACUUCAAGAUCCAGUGCACAGAGCCCUCGCCAGCCCUGCUGGUGUCCAGCAGCUGCCGAAGGACCAAGAAAUCUUCCUGCGAGGCACCCCCACCUGGUGAGGCCACCGCUCCCAGCCUGUCUCCCAAGGCACAUGAUGGCCCUGAAGCCUCAAAGACCCCCGGGAAGAAAUCCGUAGGCAAAGACAAAGCUGGCAAAGCGGAGCUCCUGGCCUCUGGUACCAAGCCCUCCGCGGGGGCCUCAGACCACUUCCUGGGCCGCCGGGGCAGCCCGCUGCUGAGCUGGUCAGCGGUGGCGCAGACCAAGCGGAAGGCGGUGGCCACGGCCGCAGCAGGUGGCAAGGGGCCGGGCGUGCUGCAGAACCUCUUCCAACUCAACGGCAGCACCAAGAAGCUGCGGGCCCGCGAGGCGCUGUUCCCCGUCCACAGCGUGGCUGCUCCCGUGUUUGGCAACGGCUUCCGCGCCGACUCCUUCAGCAGCCUGGCCAGCUCCUACGCUCCCUUUGUCGGCGGGGCUGGGCCCGGCCUGCCCGGGGGUGCCCACAAGCUGCUGCGGGCCAAGAAGGCCGAGCGGGCGGAGGCCGAGAAGGGCGGGCGGCGGCGGGCGGGCGGCGAGUUCCUGGUCAAGCUGGACCAUGAGGGCGUGACCUCCCCCAAGAGCAAGAACUGCAAGGCGCUGCACGCGGGUGACAAGGAUGUGGGGCCCAGGCCAGGGAGGCCCCUGCCCGGCCCCAGCUACGGGCACCCGGCCCUUGUGGGCAAGGACAGGAAGGGGCGGUCGCCUGUCCACCCGCUGCCCAUGGGGCUGGCGCUGCGUAAGUUCACAGGCCAGGCCGAGUACCCGCUGCCCUGUGACAGUGACUGCCACAGCUCCUACUCGGACGAGGAGGAGGACGGGCCUGGCCUGGCCCCCGGCGUGCCCUCCCGCUUCCUCGCCCGCCUUUCCGUGUCCUCCUCCUCCUCGGGCUCAUCCACCUCCUCCUCCUCUGGCUCCCUGUCCACCUCCAGCCUCUGCUCCUCGGAUGACGAGGGCUCCUCCUACAGCUCAGACGAGGAGGACCCAGCCCUGCUGCUGCAGACCUGCCUCACGCACCCGGUGCCCGCCCUCCUGGCCCAGCCCGAGGCCCUGCGCUCCAAGGGGGCUGGCCCACACCCGCACGCCCAGCGGUGCUUCCUGUCCAGGGCCGCGGUGGCCGGCGGGGGCGUGGGCGCGGGCCCCAGCAGUGGCAGACCCAGGCUCAAGCGCAAGGAGGCCCUGAGCUUCUCCAAAGCCAAAGAGCUGUCCCGGAGGCAGCGGCUGCCCUCCGUGGAAAACCGGCCAAAGAUCUCAGCCUUCCUGCCUGCCCGGCAGCUCUGGAAGUGGUCGGGGAACCCCACACAGAGACGCGGCAUGAAGGGGAAGGCCAGGAAGCUGUUCUACAAGGCCAUCGUCCGGGGCAAGGAGACGCUUCGCAUCGGGGACUGUGCCGUCUUCCUGUCGGCUGGGCGGCCCAACCUGCCCUACAUCGGCCGCAUCGAGAGCAUGUGGGAGUCGUGGGGCAGCAACAUGGUGGUGAAGGUCAAGUGGUUCUACCACCCAGAGGAGACCAAGCUGGGGAAGCGGCAGAGCGACGGGAAGAACGCGCUGUACCAGUCCUGCCAUGAGGAUGAGAACGACGUGCAGACCAUCUCCCACAAGUGCCAGGUAGUGGGGCGCGAGCAGUACGAGCAGAUGACACGGAGCCGCAAGUACCAGGACCGGCGGGACCUCUACUACCUGGCGGGCACCUACGACCCCACCACCGGGCGCCUGGUGACGGCCGAUGGUGUGCCCAUCCUGUGCUGA